AUGGUCAGUCUUGAAGAUGAGAUGAAACAGAAGGAUAAAGAAGCGGCGGUGUUCAAAGCAAAUCACAAAUACGAAAUGUUGUUAAAUAUAGAACUGGAACGUAUCGAGAAAUGCAAGCGUACUUAUGAAAACUUUCAUAAUUUUGAAGUGGCUGUGAUGAAAGACCGACGCAGUCGCAUCUUGCAAAAACAAUACGAAUUUAAGGUUCAGAAAAACCUCUCGAAAUUGGAGAUUGCGGACUUGCAACAAGGAUAUCAGCGGAGUAAAUCACAGUCCAAAAUGCGCGCAAACGAACAAUGUUUGUCAAGUAAUAACAAGACAAACAGCGGACGUAUUUUAAAUCGCACAGGAGGGAUUCCUGACAGAACAAAUGUAACCAAAUCCGUGGCACAACCAAAGAAUAACUCGAUACCUGCCUCAAGCGAGCGACGUCAGCGUUUGGAUUCGCAACGCGUACAAUAUACUAAUGUCGUACAAUAUGCUAAUAAUGUACGAACUCUUACUAAUGUGCCAGUUACACGACUCACGAAUAAACCAAAUUCCGAGAGAGAUUACUUUCACGAAAAUGCGCAGAUGACAAAUACACAGGACGCCGUCAAAUUUCCUGUUUUGCAGUCCGUGUCUUCAGGCAAAAGCCCCACGACAGCAAAUUCUAGCACGACCACAAGCACGCUCCAACGCCAUACACAUUUCUCGGAGAAUUUAACAGAAACGCAUGUAAUACACUCACGUGAUGUUCGCACGCCUUCGAAAGUUUCCAGGAAAAAGAAGUCACACCGCACGGCAAAUGAAGAUAACUUAUCGCCAUUUGAUCAAUAUCGACUUCGGUUGCAAGAGAGCGAGCAACGAACGAGGAAGCCGAAGUAUCAUUUUACGCGAGCUAUCAGUGCGAUGCCGAUGGAUUCAAAUGCGGGCAGGAAUAUAGAUGAUGCACUCACAGCCGUCCGAAGGGCACGUUCAGCCGAUGUACAGUGA